AUGGCGGAGGUGGCGGCGGACGAGGUGCCCCAGGCCGAGAAGGACGAGCUGUUCUGCGCGUACGCGGCGAUGAUCCUCAAGGACUCCGAGCUGGAGGUCUCGGAGGAGAACCUCACGACCCUCAUCAAGGCCGCCGGCGGCUCCAUCGAGUCCUUCUUCCCCGCUCUGUUCGCCAAGAUGUGUGCUGGCAAGGACCUGGAAGACUUCCUGAACGCACCGCGAUCCGCCAUGGCGGAGGUGGCGGCGGACGAGGUGCCCCAGGCCGAGAAGGACGAGCUGUUCUGCGCGUACGCGGCGAUGAUCCUCAAGGACUCCGAGCUGGAGGUCUCGGAGGAGAACCUCACGACCCUCAUCAAGGCCGCCGGUGGCUCCAUCGAGUCCUUCUUCCCCGCUCUGUUCGCCAAGAUGUGUGCAGGCAAGGACUUGGAUGACUUCCUGAAGCUCACGGUCUCAGAGGAGAGGCCCUCGCAGGAGGUAAGAAGCGCUUCGCGGUCCGCCAUGGCGGAGGUGGCGGCGGACGAGGUGCCCCAGGCCGAGAAGGACGAGCUGUUCUGCGCGUACGCGGCGAUGAUCCUCAAGGACUCCGAGCUGGAGGUCUCGGAGGAGAACCUCACGACCCUCAUCAAGGCCGCCGGCGGCUCCAUCGAGUCCUUCUUCCCCGCUCUGUUCGCCAAGAUGUGUGCGGGCAAGGACCUGGAAGACUUCCUGAAGUUUGGUGAGCCUGAUAUGUGCCAGUGCGCUGGGAUCCGCGUAGGCUGCCCUCUGCAAGAGCAGGCGAAGGACGGCACUGUGGGGGCUUUCACCACCUGCAUCACAGCCCCACGCGACAUGUGCGAGCAACUCCUACGGAACUCGGGACACGCCAGCAUCUUUUUCACGAUGCUCGCAGUAGAUCGGCUCGCGGUCAAGACCAACACGGUGGAGUGGAUCGAGAGACCGGAGAGCUCUACGAACAUGCAAUACUACAACCACGUCAAGGCCGCAGCAGCCCGCCUUGAAUCCAAGCCCGCCCUGGUCCACCGACGCGGCAGCGACCAGUGUCUCGGCCUCUUGAAGACCGGCGACCCCAAGACAUCGCCGCCAUACAUUUGGAGGGCCACCGUCCCCAAGUGGUGGGAUGCGGACACCCUCAUGAGCUUCUUGACCGACAACGGGUGGACGGAACCCGUGGCGCAGGUCCAGCUGCGAGGUGGGACCUGGCGGAUCCGGUGUUCAGCUCGCCCAGAUCUCGCCACAUCCUACAUCUACAGCCUCGGCGACUCAGACACCGUGCGCCUCCUACCGGCGGUCCGGGCCCUCGUUCAGCCCACGACCGUGCAGGUCCGCUCCAGGCCGGUGUUCCCGUGGCUGGAGCCCCGCCAGACCAACGCCGCGAACCCAGGGCCCUUCGCCGGUCUGUGCACCGUGGAGGCUGGCGGGCGGGGCGCGUGCGGGUACGCCUCUCUUUGCGCGGCCUACCGCCUCCGCAAAAAGUGCCAGGAACAAAUCGAGGUUGAGGCAAUGCUCAAGGAAGCCCGCUCCCUCCGGGCCAAGACCGUCGCUGAACUAUGCACCCAUAGGCCCGUCUACGAGGAGGUCUUCGCCCCCGAACCCGACGAGCCGCAGACGUGGGAGGCCUACAUCGGCGAGUGCCGCAAAACUACCACAUGGAUCGACGAGCUGCAGCUGUUGGCCGCAGCCGCUGUCCUGCAGCGCACGGUAUGCGUCUGCUGGCGCACUGGGCCGCUCGAGCGCUGGAGCUGGCGCACCUUCCACAAAGACUUCGCGAGCACGGGCGUCCUCGUCAUCUACUGGGACGGCAGCCACUACCAACCGGUGCGACCCCCCUCGGCCAACUACUCCUGGCCGGAGUCGCUCUUGUCCGACAACGGGUCCGUCUUCCCACGCAGGGGGCGGGGCGGCGCCGCACCCUCCGACGCCUUGCCGGCAGCCCCUGACGAGGCCGCCUCCUCGGCCCCGACCUGGAUGGACCCACCGUCCCGCUCUGGCGACUCACGCCUCCACGGCGAGGCUACGGCCCCGUCCCUGCAGAGUUGGAUGGGCCCUGGCACGCCCCACGACCCGAACAUCGCCGCAGGCAAAAGGUGGAAGCAACACCACCGCGACGACGCCGCGCUGUCGCCUCCCUUCUGGAUGGACAGCGUCACGGGCAGCAUUGCUCCGAGGGCCGCCAAAGGGCUCUUCCACCACCACCGCCGCGACUGCCGCGGCUGCACGUACAAGCAGGCAGAAUCCGACAACAAGCUCGGCCCGGAUGCGCGUCGCACCGUGGCGGCCUUCCUGCAGAAGAACAAGCAGGCGGCCAUACAGGCGGGGCACGAGCGGAACCUGCGUCAGAGGAUGGCUCGCGCCCCCGAGGCUCUCCAGAACGCCGCCCACGACCUCGACACCACCGUGCCGUACUUCGUCUCCGAGUCCGGCGUCAACAGGUACAAGUUCCAGUGUAAGCACUGCCACCGGAAGAUGAAGCGUGCCGACGCCUUCUGUGACCCGUGCGUGCAAGCACCAGCACCCAUCAGCUUCCAGGAGUUCCACCUGUUGCUCUGGAAGCAUGGCCUUCGACAUCAGGAAGUGCAGACCGCCGAGGCCCUCAAGGCCAAGGUGGCGGUCACGGUCUGGCACUCGAACGUGCAGGGGGCCCCGAACCAAGACGACCUCAGGAGUGCUCUACGACACGCGACCCGCAUGGACGCCGACGUCGUAGUGCUCACAGAGACUCACUGGGACGAGACGCGUGCGAAGGAGCGCGUAUCCGCGCGCAGCAAGUUCGGCCACGCAUUCGCAACGGCCUCUCACACGACCACUCCGAACACAGCGGGCGUGGCCAUCUACGGUCCAGCAGGCAUGCGUCGCGAUCCAUGGUGCUGGCCCACCUCCCUACGAGGCUGGGUAGCAUCAGCAGUGCUUCGCGCCGGCUCAACGGACGUCUUGAUCAUCGGAGUGUACGGCCACUCCGGCACCAAGCGGGCAUCGAAGGCCGGCAGGGCCGCUCUCGCAGAUGCUCUCGCCGUGCGCGCUGCUGCCGCCGACCUACCCACAGUCAUGAUUGGGGAUUGGGAUGCCCCGCCAGACGACGACGACUAUUCUUCCCUCGCGGACUUCACCAUCGACCACCGAGUUGUGGGCCACCUGGAUGCCCCCACGCAUACUGGCGGCAGGUGCAUCGAUUAUUCACGCAGCCGCAGUUUGACGACACUCGAUGCCAAGCUCGGCCCACCUGUCUCGGACGAGCUUUCAGCCAAGAGUCCAUCCGACCACGUCCAACACUGCACGGAGUUCGCCGUGGGCGCCGACGCCGACGUCACCUCCCUACGACGCCACCACCCGCUGGCACCUCCCGCCUCCAAAGCCUUGUGGUUGGAAGCAUGGGAGCGCGCGGCCACCACCACGCGCCUCGCCGAGGCGGCGGCCGGGCACGACCCGAGCACGCAUUGGCAGGCUUGGUCGGACACCCUGGAGCUCAGCGCCGGCGUCCCCCAGCACAGCCUCACCAGGUCCGACGGCGACGACGUGCGGCGAUGGACCAAGGUGUGGAAAUCUGCCGCGGACCACGCCAACACCGAGGAGCACCGACAGCCAGUCGCAGAACGGCGACUCCGACGCGUCUACCGGCGCCUCCUGCAGUACGACAACAUCCAGGGCGAGGACGCGGCACUCAGCGCCUCCCUCGCCAGGAGCCUCGGCUCCCUGGUUUCCGACGGCUGUAUUCCCCACCCGGCCACUUACGACGACGCCGUCUGCAGCGUUCGACGGGCCAUCCGGGCCUUCGAGGAGGAGGUCAUCCAGUCCCGUUUGAACCAGUGCAUGACCGCAGCCAAGCGCGCCUGGGACGCCAAGAUGGCCGCUCCCCCAGACACCUCCAGUCUCGACCAGUAUUUCGCCGAGGCCGCCAGAUACGUGGCCCCAGUCCGACCGUGCGUGGAGUGCGGCGGAAAGCGGCACCUCGAGUGGGACAGGUUCACCGUUGCAGGCCUCAAGGCGGCAGCAUGUGGUUGCCGGGGCACCGCGGCCGGGCCCGCGGACUACGACGCCGAUUUCCUGCUCUCCAUGCCCACGCCUGCGUGGCAGCACCUGGCGGACCUCGCUGACAUGAUCAUGGGCGCGGGCAUCUGGCCGGACGCGCUCCGCGCGCAGAACGCGACCUUCAUUCCGAAGAUCUCCUCGCAGGGCCUGCGCCCGAUCGCCGUCAUCCCCGUCGUCACGCGCACCCUGUCGAGGUGCCUUGUUCAACAUUACCGUUUCUGGACCGCCAGGGUCCAAUCUACAGACGCGGUCGGGCAGCUGCUCCGGUUCGAGGCCGCCGUCACCGCGCGCAUAGCCGACAACCUCCCGACAGUUGCACGCACCAGUGACCUGGCCAGCUGCUUCAAUCACAUCGACCCGUCUUUGGCGGAGCGAGCGGCGCUUCUUCACGGCAUGCCGGACACGCACGCUCAUUUCCUCUUCGCCGUGAACGUGGACAAGCCCACAAUUCUCCGUGGUGGAGAGUGCGCCAUGCGCGCCCCACCGCCAGACAACGGUCUUGCACAGGGCGACCCGAGCUCUCCGCUGGGAGCGGCUGUGGUCGCCGCCACGCACAAGGCAAUCUUGAAGAGCACAGUCGACGGCCUGCAGUACUUCGACACGUACGUCGACGACAGGACGGCCCUGACCAACUCUUUGGAGGCAGACCGACAUUAUACCCAGGAGGUGGCACGUCUGGACCGCCUCACGGGACAACGCGAAGAUCCCAAGAAGGGCUCUAUGGCGGCGGUCUUCCUUACCAACGGCACCGACCGCGCCGACAGCACCCUCCCCCUCCCCCUCCCCCUCACCAACAGUCGCGCCGACAACCACAUCGACACCGACAUCGAGGUGCUAGGCAUCGUUUUCGACCUUACUGGAUCCCGCAACCCCCGCAGCGGCCCGCGCACCGAACGGAGGGCAGGGGAGCUCCAGGAACGACUCCGACGCAUCGCCAGGAUCGCCAAAGCUGCCGGGCUCGGGGCCCGGAGGCGCAUGGCCAUGGUGAGAGCAACCAUGUCCUUGUGGCGCUGGGACGCUGCGUGGGUCAUGGCCGACGACAGGGACCUGCACAGCAUGCGCUGCGACAUAGAAAAGACCAUCACCGGGAGAUGGCUCGUGGAGCCCUUCGCGGUGCAGUUCUCGGUUAUCAUCCGGUGUCUCGUGGAGGCGGCGUGUGGCGAGGACACCGCGCGCACCGUGGAGCGAGCCUGGACCCACCUGCACGAGCAGGGGCAGCACGGAGGUCGUGCGGACGGAUCGUGGAGCUAUCGCCUGGCUGCCCGGAUCCGGCAAGUCGUCUCCCGUUUCUGGCAGCCCACAGACAGUCCAUGGAAGUACCAUUUCGACCAUCAAACUUUCGAUGUUCGACUUCUUCGCCAAGAACACCUGGACCACCACGUGCGCCAGGCAUGGCGGGCAUGGAUUUGGACAGAUUACCACCGACGGACGCUCCGCAAGGAGGCCGCCGGCCGCGUACCAGCGCCUUGCCACACGACCCUCUGCGAGUGGCUGAACGAGCACGCCGGGGCCGACCACGACCGGUUUGCUUUGGCACAGAUGUGCGUGAUGGCAGCCGAGCCCAACGCAGUGCGCCUUUCGCAUCUGCAUCCAGAUUGCUUCUCGCGCACCUGCCCCACCUGCCAGGUGGACAACAACACCCACCACAUGAUGCACGAAUGUCCGACCACGGAGCCGCUUCGUCGAGCGCACGGGCUCCAUUUACCUCUACCACUCCCGGCCGACCUCUCUCAGGCCGAACGGAGCGCUUUCAUGCUGCAUGGUUGGCACGACCACCACCGCCCUCAACUUUGCACUUUGGCGUACCGGGUGCUCAACUACAAACUGGCGGUCUUCCGGCCGUGGCACGCCGCGUGGCUUGCAGCCGCCGGGCGCGACGCCUGGCCCCCCUGGGCGGACGCGCUGGAGGCGCGCCUCGCCCGCUUCCGCGGGGAGCUGGAGGCGGACCUCGGCCAGCGCUUCUUCGACCUCGAGGCGCGGCAGGAGGCCACCUGCGCCGAGCAGCGCCGGCUGUCCGGCCUGCUGGGGGCCGGCGGCUGGGCGCCUUCCGCGCUGGGCAGGAGCCCUUUCGUGAUGUCUUCGGAGGCGUCUGGUGACCUGCAGGGACUUGAUGCUCAUCUGAGCUUGGGUGCGGCCGCGUGCUUCGCAGGAGCCGCGCGGGAGUCCGAUUGCUCACUCCUCAUGCGCACGUCAGCUCGGCCAUCGCUUCUUCCUCGAAGCUCCGCCCUCGGUUCCCCUCUGCGCCAGCGCAGCAGCGACUGUUGUCGAAUCGACGUGCCAGUCAGCAUGCCCGCGCUCACUUUGGCGCCCAACGCAGCGUCCUGA